GAUCCCACGAAAAGCACAGAAUCAGGUCCACCCGUUUUGCGGCUCUGUGGGGUGUCGGGGGUUCCCCCACGCCCUUCCUUAUCUCGCCUAACCCCUGACUCCCAUCUCGGUCAUCUCUCACCUCCAAAUGUGGUCAUGGGCAGUCACCCGGCGCCUUAGUUUCAUGUACUUGUACAUUUCAGAUUUAUCCACCCCCAGACUAGCCUCUUUUCGCAGCGAGCUUUUCUUCUUUUUCCUUUCUUCCACACUGGUACCUCCAGUCCCACCCCUCUUGUGUUCAGACCACGAUACACUGAACUUUUUCCUAUACCUUCUACAUUCUUCUUUCAACUGCAUGACACUGCCUUUUCCAACCAUGGUAUGCCUAUUUCACAUCCCUUAUUAUUCUUACUGCUUCUUUGGUCCUUUUUAUUCCUAAUUUUCACACGAUGCCAACCUCGAAUAUCUUAGCCCUUCCCUCGGUUUUAUGGUUUAGAUAGAGAAUUUAUACCCUCUCCUGUAAAUGGCAUUCCUAGUCAAGCUUCUCGGGGUGCCCUGCCACCAACAAGGUAAACUCGGCUUUGUUUGGUAGAUCUAGAUCGAUGUACCACUACUAGAAUGAUACGAUCACCCUGUGGUUUCUGCAUGCCUCCCAUUCUCACUUGGGGAUCCUGGGAAAAAUGCCAGUACUGUUCUCGCUAGGACGGGUUUGAAAGUCCUUGUAUCCGAAUGCUUAUGUAAUCCGGGGGAUGGCAUAUCUGGGGGCGAUGGGAAUGUGAAGGGCUUCUGCUUUUAGUUUGAUUGAGUAUCUUUUACAGUGUAUCGUGUAUCCCCCGUCAUUGAUCCUCCCCCUCGAUCACUUGAUAUUCAUAGGGCGCAACUGCGAUCCCAUUUGAAUACCUUGAGCCCAUUUUUGAGUUAAUUCCUACCACCCUGA